AUGGCGAACGCUUCCGAAAGCGUUUGCCACAAUGACCCAAAUUUUGCCGUAAUAUGUUCAUUUAUUGAUAGAUAUGGCGAUCUUAUUGGAAUACCGGACAUCAACUUCAAAGAAUUACAAAAUGCAUUGGAAGACACCAAAAACUUAUCAACAAAGUUGGUUGAUCUUCAUCUACGAUUAUUACGACGAAUGGGUAAAAGUAGUGUAACAGCACAAAGAUGGGAAAAAUACAUUGUGAAGUAUUGUUUAAAGUAUUCACAUAUAGAUGCAUGGGAAGUGGAAGAAUAUGGCUAUCAGUAUUGUAAAUUGAAAACUAAACUUACUAUUUUAAAAAAUUUGUUAGAGAGCCAAUUUGAUGGCAAUAGUAAAUUUAAAGAUGAAAUUAACAAACAAACAGCAGAACAGCUCCGGUUUCAUCCUUUAGGGCGAGAUAGAAAUGGGUUGGCCUAUUGGUAUUUAUUGGAUAAAGAUCAAAAUUUAUUUGUUUAUAGAGAAGAACAAGAUGACAUUGAUGCUGAAACAUGGCAAAUAGUCUGCAGAAAUAGAAAUGAUUUAGCUGACCUGAUAACGAAGUUAGAAUUACCCGAUGAUGCAACUGAGAACAGUAGUGAGUCAAAGAGUACAAGUAAAGAGGGUACACCUGACGUAUCAGAUGAUCGAAUAUUAUUGAAAAUAAAACUAGAUAAAUCAGAAAUGGCAAAACUUGAACUUAAAACAGAAGAUAUUAAAUCAGAAAUAAGUGUAGAAAGUGUAAAAAUAGAACCAAAGAUGGAGCCCCAGGUUCCCAUUGUUGAAACAACCAUUAAAGUAGAAAAUUCUGAUGCAUCUGUGAAAAAAGAAGAAAAAGAAAGUGACAGAGAAAAGAAGGAUAUUAAGAAAGCAAUCAAGACAGAGGUUGAAGUUAAAACUGAAGAACCCGGAAACUCUGAUCCUUCUAAACCAGUUAGUUUAACGCAAAAUGUUGUAAAAUCUCCCAAAGAUAUACCUUAUUUAGAAGACUUGAAUAAAUGUGACCAAGAGGAUCAACCAGUUACUCCUUCAGAUAAAUGUGAAAAUAGCAAAAAAGAUAAUGUUUGUCUUGAAAAACCGGACUGUGAUUCACUUAAAACUGAUGAUAAAGAAACUAGUAAAACUGAAAAAGAAAUGAGUAAAACUGAAAAGGAAACUAGUAAAACCGAAAAAGAAACUAAUAAAACUGAACAAGAAACUAGUAAACCUGAAAAAGAUACCAAUAAAACUGACCAAGAAAUUGAUGAAACUGAAAGAGAAACUAGUAAAACCAAACAAGAAACUAAUAAAAGUAAUAAUAGUGUAGAAAUUGACAAAAGUAAUCAAAGUGUUAAAGAAAGUGAGAAAAUUGUUAAGUGUGAUAAUGAAGCUGAUAAAGACAAGGAAACCAUUAAAGAAAAUAAAUCAGAUGAUAAUACAGAUGAAUCUGACAGAAGAAGUGAUUAUAAACCAAAUUUGGAGAAAGACGAUGAGGGUAAAACUGAUAAGGAGUUCAUUCAUGAUAAAACAGAAACAAAAUGUAGUAAAAAUGAGCAAACUAGUAGUAACAGUGAUCUAGAUAGUGGCAAUAGAAAAUCUGAAAGUAGUAAUAAAGAGCCACAUAUUGAUAAAAAUGAGUCACAAAUUGAUAAGAAGGAACCAGAAAGUGAUGAGAAAGAACCAGAAUAUAAUACAAAUCAAACAGAAAAAUGUGAAAUAAAUAAUGAAGUAAAAACAGUUACAGUCACAAAAGGACAAGAUAUUGACAAAAGUGAUAAAAGUGCUCAAGAAAACAUUGAGAAUGGGACAGUUGUUGAAAAAGUGGAUAGUGCUGAGAAAAAACAAACUACAAACUCUGUCAGUGACAAAUAUAAAUGUGAAAUAGGUAAAUCGAAGGAUAAUAUUGUUACAGACUCGGUAAUAAGUUCUAAAACAGAUCAAAAUAAUGCAAUAAAAUUAAAUGAAAAAUGUAAUGAUAAUCAGUUGAAAGAAUGUGAAAAUCAGUUGAAAGAAAGUGAAAAUCAGUUGAAAGAAAGUGAAAAUCAGUUAAAAGAAAGUGAAAAUCAAUUUGAAAAUGUUGUUAGUUCUAAUGUGAAUGUAAGUGACAAACCAAAUAGUGAUAGUGUUGCGAAAAGUGUGAAUAAAAAUUCGGAAAGUUCCAAAGGUACUACUGAAACAUGCAAAGAGAACAAUACAAAUCAAGAUGCUAACAAAGACAGUAGCAAAGUUGAAGAUCACACAAAAUCCCAAGAAUCCUCAAAGCAAGACAGCAAUUUAACAGAUGCCAAAAAGUCCACUGAUGAAAAAAGUCAAGAAACUGUACAAGAUGAAGCUGAAACAGAACCUAAAACUGAAACUAUUGUAACAGGUCGUCCAAAAAGAACUCCUCGCAAAAAGUCUACACCCAUCAAUGAAACUGCAAAUAAGAGUAAAGUUAAUGGGAAAGUUCAUCCAGAUACUGUGGAGGAAGAGGACAAUGUAAACACACUUAAAAUGAACGGUAAAGCAACUAAACGGUCUGCAGCAGAUGUUGAAGAAACCCAAGUUUUAGAACCGAAAGAAAAGAGAGCUAAAAGUAACAAAGUGAGCAACAGUCGUGCUGCUAGAGGCAGAAAAAAAAUGUCAGAAGACCAGUCAGAAUCUACUUCAGAUAGUGAUGAAGAUGUACCACUGAGUUCUAUUGGUCGUGGCAAAGCUUGUAGUACUUCUCGAACUAAACCACCAACAAUAAAUAAAAGGGCUAAGAAAGGACAGGGUAAGAAGAAGAAGAAAGUAGAGAGUGAAGAUGACAGUAGUGAAGAUGAAGAAGUCAUUAAAAGAAAAGCAAAGAAAAAGAAGUCUGAAAGUAGUGAGGAUGGUGAAGAUGCUAUUCCUGCCAAAAAAGGCCGACAAAAAAUUCAGAAGAAGGCAGUAAAAAAAAUGCCAACUCCUCCUCCUAGUGAUGAUGAUGGUAGACGUAGGAGUGCCAGAGUAAGAUCUAGAAAAGUGUUCCAAGCACCAUCUUCAGAUUCCCAGAAUUCCGAGUCAGUAUCAUCAGAAGCAUCAGUAGAAUCAGAGGAAGAGUCAACAGAUGAUGAUUUUAAUCCGAAGCAGAAGGGCAGAAAUGCCAGACGUCAAGAAAGCAUAAUUACAUCUAGUAAUGUAGAUGAACCCAUAUUAAAUGAUGAUACACCAUGUUGUAAAUGUGGUAAAUAUGACCAACCACAGUGGAUAUUAUUAUGUGAUAAAUGUGAUGCUGGUUAUCAUACAGGAUGUUUACGACCACCGUUGAUGUUAAUACCAGAAGAAGAUUGGUUCUGUCCACCAUGUGAACAUAAAGUUUUAUUAGAAAAGUUACAUGAAAAUUUAAAGUCUUUAGACCAGUUGUUAAAGAAGAAAGACCGUCUUGAUAAAAGACAGGAGAGACUAGCAUUUGUUGGUAUUAGUUUGGAUAAUAUAUUACAUGUACAUGAGGAAAAGAGAAGUAGUAAACUGGAAGCUGAGAAAUAUUUAGAAGAAGAUUUUGUUAAUGAAGUUGAUGAUGAGGAAGAAGAUGAUGAAGAAGAAGAGAAUUAUAAUUAUCUUAGAAAACGUAAACAUCGUUCACAGAAGAAAAGUAAACGACGCAGAGAUUAUGAUUAUGAAAAGGAAGAUUUUUCUGACUUACCAGAAGUGGUGUAUUCCAAGCGUUCCUGCCGACAGAGAAAAGAUAUUAAUUAUCAUUUCAAUGAAUAUGAUGAAUUAAUAAAUAAUGCUAUAGGAGAAGAUUUACAGGAAGUAGAAAAACCACCCAAACCUUUGCCACCACCUAAACCACCUGGUAUAAGUCGUGGCAAAGAUAUGUCUAAUUUUGAAGAAGAGGGUAAUUUUCCACCACCUGUAGUAGUCAAGAGAAAGAAAUCUAGAAGAUUAACAGUAUUAGAUAGUGAUGAAGAAAGAGAUGAUGAAAGUGAUGAGUACAGAGCAUCAAAUGAUUCUGAGUCUGAUGUAAGUCAGGAAGAAGAAGAAGAACAGCUUAGUGAAGUAUCAGAUGAAGAGGACUGGAGACCUAGAUAUAAAAAUACUAGACGUAGUUCUCGGCGUAAAAGUUAUACAAGAUAUGAGGAAGAUGAAGAUUUCUGUGUUGAUGAUGAUGAAAGUGAAAAAAGUAUUCCGAUUAGAAAAACCAGAAGAGCAACCGUACAACAGAAACGUAAACCAAGAAAAUAUAAAUCGUCAACUGAGGAAGAAGAAGAAGUGGAAGAAGAAUCAUCAUCAUCAGAAUCACAAAAUAUGUCUGAUCUUUGUUCUGAUUCCGACUCGGACAAAAAACCUAAAAAAUCCAACCGUAGAAUAAUUAGAUCUGAUGAUGAUGAUGAUGAGAGUGAUGAGGAUGCUAAAGAUGAGGAUGCUAAAGAUGAGGAAGAAAAGGAGGAGAAAAAUAAAGAAAGUGUGGAAUCUGAUGGCGAACAACCAUCAAAAUGCAAAAAACGUAAAGAAAUAAAACAAUCAGACUCUGAAGAAUUGACAAAGGAUGAAAUUACCGAAAAGCCAGAGAAAACUUGUGUACAGAAAAGUGAUAGUUUAGAAAAGGAUUCUGACGAUGAGAAAAGUGAAUGCUUAGAAAAAGAUUCGGACGAAAAAGACAGUGAGAAAAGUGAAAGCAUGGGAAAUUAUUCAGAUGAAAAGGAUAAGAAAAGUGAAAGUUUUGAUAAAGAUACUGUUGAGAAAGAAAAUAAGAAUGUGACGGACCUCAGUAACAUUGACAAGGAAAAACCUGAAACAACAGAAGAAAGUGAAAGAAGUGAAAGCCCAGUCAAAAAUGAAACUGUGAAAAAAUCUCCAAAGAAACAAAAAAUUCGGAAAAACAAAAUUAAAAAGCAAGAUAGAUCAGAUGACAAUGUUGUUCCCAGUAUUAUGACAGUGGGUUCAGAAACUAAAACAAUGUCUGAACAGACCUUAAACCAAUUUGCUGAAAGUAGUGAUAAUGUGUCUGUGAACAUUGUUAAUCAAAAUCAGAACCAGCCUCCUAAUCCCCAUAGCUCUUCCAUGCCACCGCACUAUCCACAAAACUACCCCAACUUCCCUCCACAAGCCAUGGGACCCAGAGGACCACCUCCUUAUGGACCACCAGCUUAUCAUCCUGGACAAGGCUAUCCACAAAAUCAAGGUGGAUUUAAUCCCGGACAUCCUGGCUUCCCACAGGGUCAUCCUGGCUCUCAUGAACCUGGUCAAUAUUCUCCUGGUCAAAUUGCACCUAAGGGUCAACAAGGUCAACACCCACAUCCUGGUCAACGUUCUCCUGGUCAUGUACCCCAAGCUCCACCACCUUCUGGUCAAAGUAUGUCUCCUGGACAUCAUGCUGCUACUCAGAUGCCAUCAGGACAACAAGCAACUGCACAGAUCAGGUUUGGUGGUCCUCCUCCCCCUCAUGGUCACCCAUACAAACCUGACCAGUCAACCCGAUUUCCUCCUCAAUAUCCUCAUCAACAACAGUAUGGACAAUAUCCACCACCACAUCCAUAUUAUCAACAGAGAGGUCCAUAUCCUCCUCAACAAAUGCCAUAUGGUCCACCACCAUCAAUGCCAUCUCAGAUGCCACCACAAUCAAUGCCAUCUUCUCAGUCCCAGUCUAUGCCUCACCCUCAUCCUUUACCACCUCAGAGAGGAAGUCGUGGGUUCUCCAUAGACAAUAUUUUACAGAAGAAGAAGAAUAUGCCAGAAGCGAGUGAACGUGAAGAAAGUCGUGGAGAACAAGAAGAUGAUGAUUUAGAAGAUGUGUCCGAUAUUGUUAAUUAUGUUAUGCAUGAUGACUACUUUAAGGAAAAUAACUGAAAGGUGUAAAAUGAUUUGAUUACUGUUGAUAUUCUUUUUCUUAAAAUAAUUGAAAGAGGACACUGAUAUUAUUGUUGAUAUAUUUUCUACUUAAUAUGCCUUGUUCGAAACAUGUUUUUAAAUGCAAAAUGUAGACUUUUGUGUCUUUUAUGAAGAUUAGAAAAUAACAUUUUUUAUGAUUGAAAUCGUGAGUUUUGUUCUGUCUGAAUUAAAUGUUUUCAUGGUUGGUAUUAUCAGUUUUCUUCAGAAUUCGCUUCUCUUAAUAAAUCUAUACCAAAUGAUUAAUCAAAAGUGAUGUUCAUAAAACACUGGACUUCUUGGUGUCUUGAAGUGACUGAAAAUACAUGUAUAUUAUCAAAUAAGCACCCUGAAAUACCAAAGUUUGUUGAAAAUUACUAUAUAUUUGUAUGCAUUUUUUUUAAUGUUAGAUUAUUUGAUGUUGAUCAUGUUCCUCUAGUUCAGAAACUGAUUUGUCUAUUUAUUUGACAGAAUCUCACUUGUUGAAAAUAAUGUAUCAGUUCAUUGUUAGUAAUGUACCUAAAUAAAUACCCAAUUCAUUUUGGCUGCACAUUUUGUAAGGAUAAUUUAUAGAUGGGUGUUGGAAAUAUGAUGAUGCUAGUUUAAUUCCUUAUUGUUAUGUAUUUUGGUAAAUGAUACCAUGUGGGUAAAUACAUGUAUAUUGUCAAUGUUACAUAUUAGUAAUAUACCAUAUUGACACUUGUAUGCAAUAAAUGCCAUGUUAGUAAGGUAUAUAGUAACAUAUGGGUGUACGUGAAGCCCUAUUUUUGUCAUUAUUGAAUUAACAAGCUUUUUUGUAUGUUGGUUAAAUACUAUUAUAACAUCAAUAAAGUUAAAUUUAAGGCCAGCACCACCUACAAGUUCUGGGUAAAAUCUUUUGAUAGGUUUAGUUUCAAUCUAAUUGAAUGGAAGCAGUGAGAUUGAAGGUUUUUGACAUGUAUUUCAGAUGGAAUAGCCAUAUUUGGUUAUUCUUCCAAAUAUUGUUGAUCACCAAUACAGAAAUCAGUUCUAACUUCUAUAAUGACAAGAUCUGUUUUAUACUGAGGUUGACUUGUAGGUGCUGAUCCGAUGGGGUUUUUUUUUUUUGGGUUAUUUUCCUUUGGCGUUUAAAUGCUGUUGAAUGUAUAAUCAUGAAUUGAAUAGUGUCAUCAUUUUAUGACUAGUGGUCUUUACUGUCAAAUAUUGUCCAGCUUUGCUCGAUCUUCAAGUAUUCAUUACUGCAUUUUUAAAUAUUGUCCAGCUUUGCUCGAUCUUCAAGUAUUCAUUACUGCAUUUUUAAAAAGCCCUUGAAAAUAUUGGGUCCUCUUCCAAAGUAUAUUUAAUGAUCAAUGCACAUGACACCCACUGUGUUAUAUAGUUGGCAAUUAAUAAUCUACAAUAAUAGUCUUCUUAGAAUAGUCUGAUGACCAAGAAACUCAUUAUUAACACCUUUAACUCACAGGUUGUAUAAUUUAGAUUUAUGGUAAAUGAUCUUUAUCAUUUAUAUAAUUCAAAAUUGAUUUCUGUACUGAUUGUCCAUAUAUUAGCUACCCUGGCACCCCUUGAAUCAAAUGGCACUAUGUUCGAUUUCUCAAAUGUAGAUUUGUUAUUGCAAUUCUAUUUUAGUAUUUUGCAUAAUGAUAUUUUAGGAAUUCUGAUACAACUUGUAUAGUUGAUUUACAUGUAUUAUUUAGGACAGUUAAUUGAAUGGUUGAUGAAAUGAAUAUCCGUGUGUCACAGGACGAGAAAUUGCAAUUUCACAACCCUUAUAAUAAGGAGAAGAACAUAAAAAUAUUUUGAAACUUUACAUUUGUAUUUUAUACAGAUGUUACACUGACACAUUUAAUUUUUCAAAUAGUUAAUAUUGUCCCAUAUCCACCUCUAUAGUUAUAAAGUGAUGUCCCCAAGAUUUGUUUUUUCAUUACUAACUAGUAUCAUGUUAAUAGAAAUAUCCAUGUUGAUAACUAGGACAACGUUGGUAAUUAUUGUAUAUGCUAUUUAUUAUAAACCUAUGGUUGUAGUCAUUUUAUACUUUUUAUUCUUGUUCUGUCAAUAUACAAGUUUUUAUUAUACAUAGCCAUUCAUUUGUAUAUAGGUCUUUAUUUGUAGUACAUAGAUUGUCUUUUAUUAACUGAUAUUUUACAUACAGCUAAUGUGUAUUUUAAUUAGACGCUAAAUGUAGCAAAUCUUACUAAAUUGCUGUAUUUUGAUUUUGUAACUGUACAUGUGGCAUAAUAUGCAUAAUUUAUCAAACUGCACAAACUUAUUGUUUUUCAUUCCCUUAUAAAAUCUUCUUAAACUUUUAGAAUUUUAUUUCUAAAAUUUAAGCAAAUCUUAAUAAAAUGACAUCUAAUUAAAUGUAAAAAAUGGACUUAAAUGUAAAAAUGUAUUCUAUUGGAAUUUUCUAACUGUGCAUGUAAUGAUGUUCUUACUUGCUAGGCAUCUUGAUAUAACAAACUAAAUCUAAAUCUAUUUGUGUAUAUGCUUAAUGACAACUUUUUGAAAGGUCGUAGUGUAAUAAACCAUAGUAAUUGUUAUUCCAGCAAACUAUUAUAGGAGUUACCAGUAAGAAGAAAUGUGUCCUCUAUUGUUAUUAUUACAAUUGUGCUUUUGAUUUUUAAAACCAUUUUUGUUUUUAAACAAAUAUUAAAUUAGAAUGGUUGUUACAUGUAUAUUAUAAUAUUUUACAGGAGUCUUUAUUUAUGCUUUAUCUCUAUGGUUCAUCUCAUUAUGUAAAUAUUUCUACUGUUGUUCAUCUCAUAUUUACAUAUCAAUCAAUAUCAUAUUACAUUUAUUAAUAUGGCCUGUGUUUUUGAACUAAUACAUGUAAUUGUUAUUAUAUCAUUAUACAUAGUUAUAUUAUCAUUUCUAGACUAGUUUCAUUGUAUUUUGUUUGUAAGCAAAAUUGGAAAAUUAAAAACUUUAGAAAAUU